UAUCCCAGCAGGACGUUCGGCAGCUGGGCUUCUCUGUUUGAAAGCGUCGGUCUGACGGUCGGAGCCACUCAGCGGGGAGGUGCGACGACGACGACGACGACGACUCAAGCCGACCGAGAUGGCUUGAGGAGCGGCUUGAAGGGGAGAGUUCUCACAGCCACGUCCACCUACAGCGGAUUUUUGGCUGAACCAUGUCCGGAGUCCCGCUAUGGCGACACCCUUUUGAGUCCACCGUCGGGUGCUUUUGUCAGAGUUUGAGGCCGAAGAGAGACACACCGCCGUCGGCAUGGCCAACGUCAAAGUGGCCGUUCGAGUCCGACCGCUCAACGCGAGGGAAAGCGCAGAUGGGGGAAGGCUGGCAGUCCAGGUGGACGACAAGUUUGUGAGGAUCCAAAAUGUCAAGCUUGACCCGCGCGCCGACCACGCCGUGGAUUCCAGGGAGAAGCUCCUGGAGUUCCGCUUCGACUACUGCUACUGGUCGGCGCAGCCCGAGGACCCCCGCUGUGCGUCGCAGGAGGAGGUGUUCCAGGACUUGGGGUCGUCGGUGCUGGCCGGAGCGUCCGAGGGCUACAACGUGUGUCUGUUCGCUUACGGCCAAACGGGAUCCGGCAAGACGUACACCAUGAUGGGCACGCCGGACUCCACUGGUUUGACUCCUCGAAUCUGUCAGGGCCUGUUCCGGUCUCAGGAUACGCUUCCCGACGGGCAGAACUCGAGCAGAGUGGAGAUCAGUUUUCUGGAAAUCUACAACGAGCGAGUGCGAGACCUGCUGGGCAGCAGCGAGCGGAAGACGAGAACCUCGCUAAGAGUCAGGGAGCAUCCCGAGAAAGGGCCCUACGUGCAAGACCUCUCGCAACAUGUGGUGUCAGACUGCCAGCAGGCCGUGAACCUUCUGGAGGCGGGCAUCGCCAACCGCAUCACAGCGGCGACGCACAACCACGAAGCCAGCAGCCGCUCCCACGCCAUCUUCACCAUCCAGUACACUCAGGCCAUACUCGAGAACAACCGUCCUUCAGAAACCGUCAGCAAGAUCAACCUGGUGGACUUGGCAGGGAGUGAGAGAGCGGAUCCCAACUACUGCAGAGACAGACUAACGGAAGGAUCCAACAUCAACAAGUCGCUGGUCACGCUGGGCAUCGUCAUUUCCGCCCUUGCCCAGAACUCGCAGUUGUCCAGCAGCUGCCAGAGCAUCAACAGCGUGGCGUCGGAGGGUGACGGCAGCACGGCGGGAAGCCACAGUAGCUUCCUAUCUGGCGGAGCGAGUGCGGGGAGGAGGCACUGCUUCAUCCCCUACAGGGACUCUGUCCUCACCUGGCUGCUGAAGGACAGCCUGGGGGGUAACUCCAAGACCAUCAUGAUCGCAACCGUCUCACCGUCCGCCAGCAGCUACAACGAGACCCUCAGCACCCUGCGCUACGCCGCCCACGCCCGUAAUAUCGUCAACAAGCCCCGGGUGAACGAGGACGCAAAUGUGCGGCUGAUCAGGGAGCUAAGGGAGGAGAUCGACAGGCUGAAGAGCAUGCUGCUCAGCUUUGAAAUGCAGCGUAAUCCCAGUCCGUCCCUGAGUGACGAGAGGGAGGGGAUGCUGUCUGACAUGGUGCUGCAAAAUGAGUUGAAGGUGGAGCAGCUGACCAAGGACUGGUCGGAGAGUUGGCAGGACAAGCGGGAGCUGCUGGAGCAGUACAGCGUGGACAUCAACCGGGACCGAGCCGGCUUCCUGAUCAACUCUAUGCGGCCGCACCUGGUUGCCCUGGAUGGAGACGUCCUCAGCACCGGAGUGGUCUUCUACCAUCUCACGGAAGGAAUUACCCGCAUUGGAUCCCAAGACCAGUUUGAAGAACCACAAAUAGUUCUGCCAGGUGGUGCCAGCUGUGUGAUCCAAAAUGACGGCGGCGUGGUCACGCUCAGGCCGGUGCCAGGCCGCACGUGCCUGCUCAAUGAUAGGGAAGUCACCGAGCCCAGCAGACUGGCGCAAGGAAUGGUAAUCACCUUGGGAGGGCUUCACAAAUUCCGCUUUAACCACCCGGCGGAGGCAGCCGUCCUCCGGGAGCGAAGACGGGCAAGUGAAGGCACCUACAUCGACCUUUGCCCUACAACUCCUGACCAUUGCAAAGAGGAAGAAGGACUGCCUGCGGUGUGUUUGUCCAGUGAGGAGUCGACCGCCAGGCGGCGUGUGGAGGAGCAGCAGUGCUACGUGGAGGGUUUGCGCCAGGAAAUCGGUUCUGAGCAGAGGCGGGCCGAGAAGGAACUGGAGAGGGAACAAGCCCGCCUUCAGCAGCAGCACAGCGAGAUCCACCAGUGGAUCCUGCAGGAGAAACGUCACCUGUUAGCCGUCGAGCAGAGAGUCACCCAGGACCUCGGCGUUCAAACGGACUCCCGGCCGGAUCCACUUCUGGAGCGUCUCGCGGAACUUAUGUCGGACGAUCGAGAAGUUCAGAGGGAGAAUUGUCCGUCACUAGUUGUCAGGGUCAGGAAGAAAGCUGUCCAGGAGGAGCUUCUGAAGCAUCAUGCGCUGUGUCGUGCCGAAAGACGCCUCCGCCGGAAAAAGCUACAGUUCCAGCUGGAGAGAAUCGCCCGCAAGCGGCAUCUGUUGGAAGCAAAGAGGGAAUUGCAGCAUCUGGAAAAGGCCCUACCCCCUGGACCAGAGAGCUCUGAACAAGGGUCCCCACCCAAGUUUGUUUCUCCGAGACAUUCCUUCUCUGCUGAUCUUGUGUCCCGACUGUACCCACAUCAUACCCCAAUCUUCAGACACUUCCUCAAGAGAAAUAAAUCCACAGAACUGACUUCAAACUCCACAUCUCUUGCGUGCAUUAACAGUAGGAAGUGGGUUUCAGAUGAGUGUCUGCCCCGGGAAAGGACCCAGAGUUGUUCAGGCAACCUCCCCACAGGACUAAAUCAAUCUUGCCAAGGAAGAGGGAGAUCCUCCGAAAACAUAGCACUGAAUUCCAAGGUGGAGGAAAAUUCCCAAGAACGGCAAUAUAGGCGGUACACUGAACGCAAACCUUUGCUGCCUCAAAAAGAAUUGUCUUUUAAGAACAGAUCAGACCGGAACGCAGCAGCUACGCCAAAGUUGCCCCUUUGUAUCCCUGUGCAGCCACUCGGCAAAGAAAAUGUAGCAUCCAAAACAGUCAUACCCAUGAUUCAUUGCAAUGAUGUAAAAAGACAAACCCAUUCAGGAGUCACCAGCAAAUCCUUUUCUAGUUCUGUGAGACCCAAAGCGUUGGGAAAACUGCCAUCAGGUUCUAAAAACUGUUCUCCCAAUCGGUUUCCCAGAAGCCAUGAAGAUAGUGGCGGGAUGAGUGGAAGUACCAUUAAAACAGCCAUCUCAUGUGAGGAGCUCGAGCAUAGGCGUCCAUUUGAGUUUUCGAGGCAAUGGCACAGCACGGAGGCUCUGAUGAACAAGACAGGCCAGUGGGUGGAGCGACAGCAACAAUGGAAGGCUAAGUGCGAAUGGCAAGUACAAGAAGAAGGGCGCAAAGAGGCUUCCGACUCUGAGAGCCUGUUCUCCCUCGAUUCUUUAUCCUCGGCUUACGCGACGGCUCUUCUGGAGCAGCUGAAACGCGAGGAGGCGGCUCAGAGCGAAGCAGACAGCGAAGACAGUGAGAUGUCGAAAGACUCACUAGUUGUGGAGAAGUACUCUGUUGUAAAGAGGUCUUGCCAGAAAGUGGUUCCGACGUACACUUUUGUGACGGAUCCCCCACGCGGCAAUAGGAUAAUGGCCAUGGGUCUAGAAUUGGGCAGCUGUCAAGACCCUAAAGUUAUCCCUGCAAAGAUGAACUGGACCCAGCAAGAUCACCUUAAAUCAACACCUGAAAUCCCAUUAGGAGACAGUUUGAGAGAUGUUGCACAAAAUUUGACAGAAGAUAACAUUGGUCAAACAAGUGUCCUUGGUUCUCCUGGCGUGAGGUUGUCCAUAAAUCUGCUGCCGCCAAUGGAUGCUCGCUCCUCCCUUGAGGUAGCAGGUGGUUCAGUGAUCCAUAGAGACUCUCCGCCCUUCCGAAUAGAAAGCAGCGAAUGUUCCUGCCCGGUUGGUCUGUCAGAUGGUCUGAGUCUAUCUCAAGGUUAUAGUUCAAUAGCCACCAACAGCCAAGGUUUGAAUGACCAACCAACCGAGGAGCUGAUGUCACAGAAUGAGAAGCACUCAGACACAAGGGCUGAGUGUUUAAUCAUUGCAGAUCCAUCAUCUCUUUCCCAGAACUGUAAAGAUGAUGUUGCAUUGGACCUGCAUAGCUCAGGUGGUCAAACAGAGCGGCUGUUAAUGUACCCUACUGGACAGGGUCAAGCAAUUCGGACAGAUGAAGUACUAUGCAAUCUAGAUGUUACAGUCCAGUCAGAGUCUGAACUGCCAGACCUCGGGAUUACCAAAGAUUGUUCCUUCACGAGUGCUGAGUCUGCGGACGGGAAUGAAACCAAAGAUGCCGAUACUGCAUACUUUGCCCGGCAGUGUGAAUCAGCUUGUAAAAAUUCCAGGAAGAGAAACAAAGAGCAAAAAGAGGCAUUUGUGGGCAGCCUGAAAAUUCCCAAAAGAAGCCCUUCACCGGUUGCCAACCAGGGAGCUCCCUGGUCUGAUAACAAUAACACAUGUAACUCCAAAAAAGAACACUGUGAUGUGAAAAUCUCCAACUUUGGACUUCGAUCUGCUGAUAUUUCUGAUUCCAUGUUGAGGAAACUUCAUAAAUUGAAUGGUCCUUCUGCAGGAGACAUGAGAGGACAGCAUGUAGCAAUAAAACAAGUCGUUGCCGAAUCGAAUGAGGCAGGGUCUCAAAAUGAUAACGCUGGAAGAAAGCAUUGUUGUCAUUCUGAGGCCAUCUGCAGCGCCAUCGACUUGAGAAUCUCGCAAGUGGUCCAAGGGCACUUAAAGUUGUCGUUGAUUAGCACCAGUGGUGAUGGGAACAACUGGAGUAAAAGCAACUGGAGUAAAACCCUAGUCUCUGAUUGUGAUGAUCAGAGAAUCCAACAAAUCAAAAACCAGACGCGAGAUAACAAGAACAAUCGGGUGAAAGGGUUGACCAACGAUGGAGAAGCUGCUGAAAAGAGAUUGAGGGCAAGUGAAGUAAAAACCAUUGUUACAGCUGCAAAACCCGUGGAAGAGCUGACUGUCCACGACGUGUCGGACCGCUGCACCGAUAGAACCAAUGACACAAGUCAAACGAACAAAACAAAUGAGCUUAAUCUGCCGAAUAUAGAUUGUUCAAAAGAAGUACGUAGCGAAAACUGUUCUAAGGCUUUGGAUUCUGCAGCGCCACGGCUUUGCCAAACAGACAUAACCGAAGGGAGUUGUCUGGAAGGCACGUCCUGUAUUGACUGUGGUCACUCAUGUAACCAACAAUCACCAAAGGAAGUUGAACACCCUUGUAAGUUAUCCUCUGAUGGAUACCAUUUCACCGAUGCCACACGAGGAAAUAAACCUUCGGUCAAAGGGGCGGAUCAGCAUAGCAGUCAACGCUUGCGGGACGAUUCUCAGACAUGUGUGACCAAUAGGAAUUACAGCAACAACAAAUGUCAAGAUUGUCAGUGCAAGUUUGACAAAGCUCAAGUAAACCCCAAAUGUCCUAGUAUGACCGUUCAAUCUGAUUCAGAAAGGUUACCAGCGUUAGAAGACAAAAAGACGGUCAAAAAUAGAAGUGGUUACGGAUCUGAAAUGGGUAAUGUUGCCACACAGUGUCAUUCAUCUCUUAAAAAGAACAAGUCCAAAAGGUUCAGGAGGAGAAAAACACAUCAUUCAUCCACUUCCUCUCAGACAUCGUCAUCAGAUGAAGACCAAACUUCUAGCAAACGGUCAUCUACACAACUAAGACUUGAGAGUGAAGGCAAAACAGAUGUCAGCAAGUCUAAUGCUGAGAAUUCCAAAGUAGACACUAAGAUGGAGAUGAUAAAAGAGGUUACACAUUGCAGAAAAAGACUCUCGUUACCUCCACUAACGAUAUCACCAAGGACAAAUGACUUCCAGAAUGGAGUCAAGUCUGAGGAAUCCCUAAUGCAUUUCGCCUCCAGCGAUAUCAACCCAUUCGUUCAUCAGUGGCAAGACGGCGACCGCUUGUGCGGCAAGAACCCUACAUUCGGUAGUGCCGCCGACCUGUCCCACAAAUUCCCGCUUUUGAACGUCGCUGAAAAAUUUAUCACAAGGUGCUGUAGCGUUGAUAACGGCUUAAACAGGCAGAAUUUGCCCUUCAAUUCCCAUCUAAGCACCUACGCUGCCCACAAGGGGCUCUCUAGCACGCUUAGCAGCAUUGAACCGUCAGUCAACACCACCUCAUCCAGCGGAUUUUUCCACUCAUCUGACCCGGAGUUGAGCCAAGGCGUGGCCCAGAGAACCAUGAAAGAACACGGCACUCAGACCGAGCUGGUCCCACCGGCCACUCCAAGUAGGAAGGAGCAGCACAAAAGGAGCCACACGGACGCCCCGAAGACCCAUGUUCAAAUGAACGAGUCUCUGACGUGGACCAGUAUGGAAAGCAUGUCAGUCCAUCUUGCGAAACUGAUCCACAGCACUUCGGACCUGCUGGGAGACCUCCAGGGACUGAGGACGGGUCGCAACAGCGGGUUGAGUCCUCGAUCAAUCCCAAAUAUCAGCGUUGACUGCUCGACUCAAAACGCUUUGGAUGUCGGGGUUCAGACGGAAAGACCUUGGACACCUGCGAACACAGAGAUGCACCAAAGGCCCAAAUACCAUGAGGUCAACGUCACAUUGAGACUGACUGGGGCUGAGUCGGUUUCACCAGACAAAGACUCUCUCUAUUUGGUGAAAACUGAGACAGGUAACAAAGAAGAGAGGACAUCAAAUGUUUUCCAACCCCAAACCUAUUCUUUAAAAACGCCACCUGUCAGUUGUCAAAGGCAGGUAAAAUCUGCUCCCAUAGAGAAAACCUUGCCCGAGACAUUGCACCGCCGUAGUACCGUCGCCACUGAAAACAGCUGGAGACCAAACGGAGGCAAAGAAAAGCAACGUCCUCGGGUGAGAAAUCCUUCAAAGCCUGCGACUACCUUCACAGAUCGAGCCUCCUCCCCCAUUGUUACUGUGGGUGUACGAAAACAGUUGAAGCCUAGAGAGAGGAAUCAGAAUGAACGCACGGAAGAGAAGAGCUUUACCGAUUCUCCUUGCAGAUCAUCAGGACUGGAUUGUGGCAUUUGCUCUAGUGAAUUGCCGGAAGAGGUCAGUGAAAUGAGUUGUUCAAGCCCUAAAGACUCUGAGGAUUGUUUCCAAAGCUCAUCAGUGGACAGAAGAAAUACUCAUCAUAAUGGGAAUCCCCGUCCUCAGCCCAAAGGGAACUCUUCACAAAGUCCUCACUGCUACGACUUUUCUCUGCAUGAUCGCGUCUGUGCCACAGCAAGGAAAAUUGAUGCUCAUGUCACCAAAUCUGAAAACAUGAUAUCAACCAAACCAGCCCACCAAAGACCUCUGGUGUUCUCUUUUUGCGGAGGUACAUGCAGUCCAUCCCCGGCUGCAUCCCUGACGCCCAGUGAGUGCAGCACCGACGUCCUGGUGAACGCUAAACCGAUCAGCAGCGUGGACCCCGACACACUGCCCGAAGAUCUGCCCUUGCACGAUAAGUUCAACGACUGGGCCGGCAUCACCCGUCGACGUUCCAGGCGCUGCACUUUUUCAGACGCGGCUGAGAGUUGCGCUUUCAACUCCGAAGCGAGGUUAAGAGAGAUCGAGCGUCUGCGUCAGGAGAGGGAGCAAGUGAUGGCCUCCGUCGGCCUCGGGGCCAACUCCACGCCGCUGACUGUGGAGCUCGCCGAGGCCAAGCUGCACUAUGGCCUGGGAGAAACGGAUGCUCUGCUCAAGAUGCUGUCGCCCAGAUCCACGGAGGAGCUCGCGGUGAAGUGCGCGACGUCCAACCUCAGAAAACAGCAGCUCCAGGAUAGACACCGGUUGAGCAUCGAGGGUUUGCGUGAAAAGGCGGAGGAGCAGCCUAAGACGGGCCCACGAGCUCGUAGCCUCAGCCCCUGCACACGUCAUCUCGGAAGCCCUCGGGCCACGCCCGGCCGACGGCUAAAGCCAGAGAUCACCGGAAUACGAGACCCGGCGAGCGGUGCGUACCCGUCAGACGUCGAGCAGCUGCUGCGUGAUUACGGCCGCGCUCGGGAGGAAGCCAUCGGCGAGAUCACCAAGGCGAGGGAGCGACUGCACGAGAGGACCGAGCGGGAGAAGAGGAGGCUUCAACAGCAGGCUUCAUCACCGGAGUCCAAGGAUGACCCGAGGCAAGGAACCAGGAUCAGCAACAGCACCUUGUGCACCGGAUCCAGCCGGAGCCUUUCAUCUGGACCCACGUCGGGGUACAACAGCGGCAAUACACUCCAACUGCAACACGGCCACACACUCACUCCUGGACAUGCCAGCACAUUCGUGGAGGAAGGUGAGAAAGUUUCCUCUCGAAUCAACAUUUCUGCUCAGGACGGCCGCCUUGAGCCCCUGAUGACCUCAUCGCCGCGGUCGCCACCGACUCGUAGUCGACGUCGCGCCGCCUCCUUUGGCUCCACGUGCUCUUCGUCCGUAUCCGGCAGCUAUCGGGACAUCGCGGCCGCGCUGCUGGGCCGAGCGCUGGCCGAGCUCCGACUGGCGUCCUGCGGUGAUUUGAGCAACCUGGUGAAGGGGAACGCGUCGGCCGGCUGGAGACACCAAGGAGAAGAGCGAGGCAUCCAGGCCUACUACAGGCCGUCGUCCAGCCCUUCGGUGCACGCCUUCCUGGGGGCCGCCGAGCUGGACGGACCCCCGGAGCGCCUGUGGGCGGUCCUCCGUCGGCCCCGCAACGCUCAGGACUACCAUCCGUCCGUCCGCACCGCGUGGACUCGCCCGCUUGAUGGCAGCACUCACCUGGUCUACAUUUUAACAGACGCGUCCAGCUGCCACUUCAGCCAGCCGCGAGACUUCUGCUGCAUCAGCGCCGAGUCCCAACAGGGCGACGUCCGCGUGCUGGCCAUGCAGUCCGCGUUCGACGAGUCCCUCCCGCGUCCCGGCCCCGACGCCGUCCGAGGCGAGAUGAUGCCCAGCUGCUGGCUCCUGCAGCCAAUCGGACGCGGCGGUUGCGGGCGCGAGGCCACCCGGGCGGUCUACCUGCUGCAGGUGGACCUGGGCACGCCGUCUUUGCCGGCGCGGCUGCUGGGCGCGGUCGCUCGGAGGCAAGCGGCCGUCGUGGCCGACCUCGCCGACGCGCUGGACACGUGAUCGGCCGUCCGCGCUUCGCAGAGGAGGGAUUCCGACUUUCCAUUUUGCACCUGACAUUUGUAUUGAUUUGAGUUUUAAAAUGUUCUUUGUACACAACGAGGGCACUAUCUCCUUAUGAGCAGCUUUAUUUUGAUAUAUCUAUAUAUGAAGGUCGGGUUUGUUUGUUUGCUUUCAACAAUCUUAAUGCGAGUUUACCAAAGAUUAUUUUUGUUUUAGUAGGUCAGUUCCAAGUGGAUGUUUCGGGUAUCAUGUUGGUGAGUACCACCAUUGAUUCUUGACUAACAUUAAAAUCCAGUAACGUGUUAGCGGCACAUGAAGACAAUCGGGUUGUUUUUGUCCCCGUUUGGCCCCGUCCCGACCGAGGGCGUCAAACGACCCGACUAUUUUGUGUUUUUUGGCAUGUUUCCCACGUGCCAGACUUUGCGAAUCACCGACGUAGGAAUCCUCCUGCGAGACUUUUAACAGUCCACCAGCCAAUCGCGACGCUUCCUGAACGUGCCGACUGUAACUCCACAUAUUUUCCUCCACCACCACAACGCCAAGCGGACCUUAUUGUUGUUGAGUUAUUAGUGACUACUGAACUGUUAGCAGCCCGCACACUGCACCUCUUAACUUUUGUAUUAAUGUACGUGUUUUUCGGGGGCCCCCAACACCGCCCACAAAAUUUCACUCCAUAGCGCCCUCUGGACAUUUAGAGAAAAAAAAAAUCAGCUGCCGCUGAUCAGUUUUACCAAUCGACAUGAAAGUGAGUGGAUAUGUCUAUUAUACCGGGCGCACGAAAACGUCUCAAGGACACAGGCUUGAAAUCGGACAUUUUGGUUGGAAGCCGCCAUUUGGGGCAAAUUCCAGGGCUUUGACAAACUCACCUGGCAAUUGGCACAUACGAGCUCCAAGGGUGGCGCAUAACGGCAAAGUCUGAUCAUCGUGGAUUUGCUGUGAAAAAAGGCGGCGCGAGGUUUGAUCAUUGUUGCUGAGAAAAAUAAGAUGGUGGUGAAAAAGGGCUAUUUUACAAAAAAAGCUGCGACCCUAGUAAGGAUAAGCGGAACGGAAGAUGAACGAAGGAAUGAAUGAACGCAGCAUGUUUUUUUUUUUUUUUUUUUUUUUUUUUUUUUUUGGCGACAACUUCAAAGUCACUUGCGCCAGCGUUUCUUUUUUGUUUUGUUGUUUUUUCGUACCUCAUCUGAACUAUGCAAGUUCUCAUUGGGAAAACCAAAGACAUCCAAAAAUGAAGGUACCAUGAAGGAAUGCUUUCACAGCCAUUUUUCCAUGUUUUUUAGCUAUAUAUUUAGCUAUAGCUAUAUAUAUAUAUAUAAUUUUAUUUUUUUCUUGUGGUGUUCAACUUACGCUGUAAAUGUGUUUUUAUGUGUAAUAUGCAUAAGCAUUGUGCAUU